AUGCGUCCACUGUACCCGCCUAUCGGGAAUCGGGACCCGGCCGAGAGCAAGCGCGGUCCCAGCGCCCUCGCGGCGAGACUCCGAACCAUCGGAUCCUCCGCCAUCGCUACACCACUACCAACGAGACUGCCGACGGGCGAUGACGACGACGACGACGACGACGACGACGACGCCGACCUCGAUGACGCCGACAACGACGACCACGACGACGACGACGUCAGCGACGACGAUCGCGAUCAAGAGGCCAUGGCUACGACGAUACGAGACAGCCUCAUUCGCGAAAUACAGCGAGAUGCGUCCAUCGACCGACUCCAUCGCUCCAAAUUCCAGAAUCGCGCAACCGAGGCGUUUCCCUCGCAUUUGCCUCUCCUUGCUCCGAGACUCUUCUCGAACGAUCGAAACGGCCAAAAAUAUCAUCGUGUUCUGUGUUUGAUUUCGAGUCUUAUUGUCAAUAAGUCAAAAAUACGGUUCUAA